AGUGGUAAAAAUUGUUUAAUUUAGAAGACGAAAGUUCAAGAAGUUCACGUUAAUAUCAACAAGUGAAGAAAAACCAGAGAUGGAAUCAGUGCUUACUCCCCCGUUGCCGUUUAAGUUUGAGGAAAAUGUAACCAACAUGGCGUUUGGUACUUUGUGUGAAUCGUGGGAGAAGUGGAAGAAUGGGUUUCAAAUAUACGUGAAGGCAUGUGAGCUUAAUAAGAAAAGUGAAGAAAUACAGAUGAACAUUUUCCUACACGUCGUAGGGGAACAGUGUCGUGAGAUAGUGGAACAAAGUUCUACGAAAUGUACAACGUUAACGGCUUUAAUAGGACUAGUCGAUAAUCAUUUUAAAGCGAAAAAAAAAUGUAACGGUCGAGCGUCAUCGGUUUUUUACUCGUCAACAAGGUGAACAUGAGUCCAUAGAUCAAUACGUCUUUGAGUUGAGAAAGUUGGCUCAGUCGUGCGAGUUUAGUAACCUAAGUGACGGAUUAAUAAAAGAUAGACUCAUCUGUGGAAUCGUUAGUGCAGCGAUAAGGGAGCGGUUGCUACGCGAGGACGACCUCACUCUUGAUAAGGCAUUAGAAAUAUGUCGGGCAGCUAUAGUUUCGAAAAUGUAUUCGGAGGACAUAAAACGUGAGUGUAGUAGUGAGAUAAAAAGUAAUGAAGUGUGUGCGGUGUCUAACAAAGAAGUGUACGAAAUAAAGCGGGCAGGUGCAAAGGUCGAGGCGGGCUCGAGUUCCGGACGAGGAUGGCGCGGGCGCGGAUGGUUGCCUGGCGCGGGAGCGGGGCGCAGGGCCGUGUCCAGCGCGCCGGGGCCGGCCGCGGCCGGCGGCCAGCACCGCGCGCCGCCCGCACAGCGCGGAGGGCGGUGCGGCCAGUGCGGCGGGGUGCACAAGAAGUACGACUGUCCGGCGUAUGGCAGGACCUGCAUGAAAUGUUCCAGGCCGAACCAUUACGCCAGGAUGUGCAGGGUGUACAUGGUGGAAGAGUCUGAUGAACAGGAUAGUGAGGGCUCCAGAUAGAUUGGGAGACUGGAUAUGAC